AUGGUUUGGAUGCACCGCUUCACACGGCGCUUGUGCCUCGUUCUGGCAUUCGCCGUCUUCCCGGCCGCUGCGCAAACGAUCCAGGCCACCAACACCGUGGCACCAGCAGUAGUGAAGAACGACCAUAAUGCGACUUCCACCUCGUCUCCUUCUGCCUCUUGGGAGCUGGCGAUAGGACAAGGCGGCGCCAACACCCCCAGUGCGAGAUAUCCGCUCUACUCUCUGGGGACAUCAACGACACAGGCGUCGGUACGUAUAUCUCCUUCUGAAACGCUUUCCGCGUAACCUGCCUGCCAUGAUGCCUGGUGCCAGGGAAAUCUACACCCUCCCGAGUCACCUCUCCGCGGACGACAGCAUCUGGCUUCUGUCAUCAUAAACUCACUCUCUCAAAUCCAAAAUCCCCUACGACUAGCAUCGUUCGUUGACUUUGGGGCUAAUCUCUGCGUGGCGAUUGCGUAUAGACUUCCAUUCUCUCCGGCCCCAUCCUCCUCGCCAAUGCUUCCUCCCAGCUAGCGAUAGCACCCUCUAAUAUCGUCCUCAUAUCUUGCGAUCCAUAUACCGGAAACAUCCAGCCCUCCGACGUCUUCUCCCAAGCAACCCAACGGAACGCGACCGGAAUCGUCCUCUACUCGACGCAAGAGGCAGGCUGUGCACUCAGCGGCGCAGACGAAGCGACUUCGGAGAGAGUGUAUACCUUGACAACGGCAAGCGACGGAAAGAUCAUGCUGGACGUAACCAACUCGUUAGGUUCCGCGUACGCCAUGCUAGGGACAAGAGAUGAAUUGGGAAACAGCACAGGCACACAGACGAGUUCCGCGCCAGGCGCAUCGUCGACUGCAUCACAGCAGCCACAGAACCCUCUGGGCCCGUCGCCGAGCACAGCGGUUGCUAUGAUUAUUCUGUAUUCGAUUACGGGCAUUAUCACGGCACUGUUCUUGGCCAUUAUCAUCACCGGAGCUGUGAGGGCACAUCGGCAUCCGGAACGAUACGGACCUCGUAAUGGAGUGGGGAGACCCAGGCAGUCGAGAGCAAGAGGCCUGGCGAUGGCCAUGUUGGAGACGAUUCCGAUUGUCAAGUUUAGGGACGGCGAACAAGAUCGUCAGCCGAAGCCGACGGAGACGGAAUUGGAAGAAGGUCGGACCCAGCAACAGCGGGAAACGGCUCAGCAGCACGAGACCACCAUUCCUUCAACUGACGGCACACGUGAGCAACCCGACACAGCAAUAAAUGGCCCGUCAGAAGAGGCAGGAACUUCAUCUUCUGGAGGCAUUGCAGCCGCCACAGAACGCCCGAACGCGGAAAGUUCCAAAGCAGAAAACCCCGGCUGCAGUAUCUGUACCGAAGAUUUCCAACCCGGCGAAGACCAACGCGUCCUCCCCUGCGAUCAUCGCUUCCACCCGGCAUGCGUCGAUCCCUGGCUCCUCAACGUCAGCGGAACCUGUCCGUUGUGCAGGAUAGAUUUGCGACCGGCGGAUGAACAAGGAGGCGAGGACGGGGAAUCUUCUCAGGAUUUCCCGCCUCCGCUUGGGGGCAGAAUGGGAGUCCGGAGGAGUCUAAUCAUCGGGUUACUGGGCAGUCGGGUUCCGGAGCGCAUGACGAGGGAGGAACGUGUUCGCGCCCUGAGGGAGUAUCGGGAUCAGCAGCGCGGUUCCCAAGGCGAGAGUGAGGGUGCACAGCAGCCGGAAGGGGAAGCGGGUGUCCGGCAGAGGUUGAGGAAUGCUCUGCGAAUACGGACUCGCAGGACUGGUGAGCACGAGGGAAAUCCGAAUCCGAAUCCGCAGCAGCAGCAGCCGCAGCAGCAGGAAGAUUCCUCCGCCACGACGAUUCGGACCCCGAAUGCGAAUGAGAAUGAGAAUUCGGGGUGA